AUGGGUUUCUGCUGGAGCGGGGAGCGCGGCGGCGGCGGGCUUUGCUGGGGACGCCAUUGUGGGCCCUGCUGUACUGGAUGGGUGGGCCCCACUGUGCUGCUCUGCACGUAUGGGUUCUUCUCCAUGAUGAGGCCCAUAGAACCCUUCUUGACGGAGUUCCUCACAGGAACCUACAAGAACCUCACCACAGAGCAGGUGACCAGACAGGUGUAUCCUGUGUGGACCUACUCCAGCCUGGUCCUGCUCAUCCCCGUCCUCCUGGUGACCGACGUCCUCAGGUACAAGCCCGUCAUCAUCCUCCAGGGCCUCACCUAUGUCACCUCCUUCCUGCUGGUGCUGGUGGGCUCGGGGGUCCGCUCGGCUCAGCUGGCCCUGUUCAGCUACAGCGUGGCCUCGGCGGGAGACGUGGCCUACUUCUCCUACAUUUACGUGGUGGUUCCCGCCAGCCGCUACCAGCAGGUGACCAGUUACGUGAGAGGGGCCGUCCUGCUGGGCUACGCCGUGGGCGGCCUCCUGGGUCAACUGCUGGUGUCCCUGGGUGGCGUGUCCCUCUAUUGCUUGGCUAUCGUGACUCUCGUCUCCGUCUCCAUCGGACUCAUAACCACCUUUUUCCUGCCCAUGCCGAAGACCAGUAUAUAUCUUAACGGGACAGAUUCCGUACGGCAGAGCCAGCCAGACGAGGGCGCUCACGACCUCCGCAAGAGGGCGAAGAGCGUCGUGGCUGCAGAGCACGUGGGAAGGAUUUUCAAAAAUCUCCUACAGGACUGUAAGAAAUGUUAUUCCUCAGCGGCUCUGCUCUUCUUCUGCAUAUGGAUGGCAACGGGGAGGUGCGGCUUCUACCAGGUCUCCGGCUACGUGCAGCUGCUCUGGGUUCAGAUACAGCCGCAAAACGUCACCGCUUACAACGGAGGGGUGGACGCCAUCGGCAUGUUGUCAGGAGCUGCAGCCGCGGUCGCCGUGGGCCACGUGUCCCUGGAGUGGUCCGUGUGGGGGGAGCUGAUCCUGGGGGGGUUCACGCUCCUGAUCGCCGCCGCUGUUUUCCUGAUGGAGAUGACCGACAACAUCUGGAUCAGCUACGCGUGUUACAUCAUCUUCAAAGCCCUUUACAUGCAGCUCAUCACCAUCUGCACUUUUCAGAUCGCCCAGGCCCUGAACAGGAAGCGCUACGCUCUGGUGUUCGGCGUGAACAGUUUCGUCGGCACCGUCCUGCAGAGCGUCCUCACCGCCAUCGUCAUCAACGCCAAGUCUCUGCAUCUCGCCAUCACCUCCCAGUUUUUCAUCUACGCCUCGUACUUUGCAGCCAUUUCCCUGCUGUUCACAGUCAGAGGCUUGUACACUGCGCUCCACAGGAGACGGGCGGCUGUGGGCGAGCAGCCGGAGAGAGACACCGACCUGCCACAAUCCUCCCAUCUGUGAUGCCUGUGAACACACUGACUCCCACUCACUCACAUGUCUUAAAGGAGAGUAAUCAUUAAGAUAACAACCAAUAAACAAUCGAUCAAUUAAGGUCAAAAUGACAGUUUGUUAAAUCCUGCUGAUCACAGAUGGACAACUUACAGAGGAGAGUGCAGUGCCCACAUGUAGCCACUAGAGAGCGGUACCUGCACAAUGUAAAACUAGAGCCCUGCAUGAAAGCUGUUUUUCUGGAGAAACAUUAGUUUUAUUAUGAUGUUUAUAUGUUUACGUGUUUACAUGUUUUACGGUGAAAUCUGGUUGUGAUGUGGUGACGUGGACGUUCAGGCUGGAAAUCAGGAUUUUAAUGGUUUUUCAUAUUUAUCUCAGGUUUAUU